AUGGUGGAGUACUACGAGUUGCUGGGCAUCCCCCGCAGCGCCUCCGCGGACGACAUCAAGAAAGCGUACCGGCGGGCGGCGCUGCGGUGGCACCCGGACAAGAACCCCGAGGAGAAGGACUUCGCCGAGCGGAGGUUCAAGGAGAUUGCGGAGGCCUACGAAGUGCUGUCGGACCAGCAAAAGCGGGACGUGUACGACCGCUACGGCAAGGAAGGGCUCAUGGGGGCAGGUGCUGGGGGGCCGCAGGCGGAUGUUGGGGUCCCCGAGUUCCCCUUCACCUUUCGCAGCGCCUACGACGUCUUCCGCGAGUUCUUCGGCGGCCGGGACCCCUUCGCCGAGUUCUUCGAUGACGUGCUGCCCUUCUCGGAGAUGCGGGGCCCCAGCUCCCGACCCCCAGGGCCAGGACACUUCUUCUCCCCCUUCCCGGCAUCCUCAGAUUUCUUCUCCUCAUCCUUCGGCUCCGAUGCAGGAGUCGGCUUCCGCUCGGUCUCCACCUCCACCACCUUCGUCAACGGCAGGCGCAUCACCACCAAGAGGAUCGUGGAGAACGGGCAGGAGCGGGUGGAAGUGGAGGAGGACGGCGAGCUGAAGUCCAUCCACAUCAACGGUGUGUGGGGCAGCCAGGCCAGGGGUGCAGGGACUUGA